AAAAAAAUUAAAAAAAAAAGUCCGCCAAAAAAAUUCGAAAAAGAAAAAGAAAAAAAUGGAAAAUUCUCAACAUUUGGCCACCGAGAGUUUUUCUUACAGCUGGCUAACUGACAAAAAGCUCCCAAAUUCCCAUGAAAGGGAGCAAAACCUCAGUUUCGAUUUUUCGUUCGAAUCUUCCCAAACUACCCCUGCCCACGCCGACGAGAUCUUCUCCGGCGGCCACAUCAUGCCGGCCAACCCAGACCGGGAGAAAAAACCGGCGCGGUUCUAUUCCAAAUCCGCCCCUCAAUCCCCUGCUUUUUCAUAUUUCUCGCGACGGCAGAGCGCCGCCGCCGUUGGCGGCGGAGGAGACCGUAUUUCGCCGGCCGGUAGGUGGGUAAAAUCCUCCAAGAAGCUACUGGACAGUUUUUUCUCCGCUUUGAAGCCGUUAAUCGGGCAGUCGAGCAAAAGCAACAACAGAGUGGAUGAUUUCGAGAGGGUUCAGAUUGAGGCGCACCCGAGGCGGAGCUCGGUUAAACCGGGUUCGGGUGAGAGAACCGGUUUCAUUUACGGUCUGAAAAGGGCGAGGAGUUUGAACCGGAGUGUGAACUGGAGUUCCCCGCAAGCUUCGAUAAGGCCGUUGUAUAAUUCAUGUAGCUCUUGGUCGUGUGAUGUUGAGAACUCAAUUCAUGAAGCUAUUUUGUACUGCAAAAAAUCAAUAGAAAAAUGAGGAUCAGAGGAUUUAGCUGUUUGUUGCACACAAAAGAGAAGUGAGAAGCAGUUUGUUUGAACAUGGAUUCCACAAACAAUGCUUUCAAUAAGCAUAUUUUUCAGCUCAUAUAUUUUUUCGUCUUUUUUGUUAAUUUUUAUUUUAUUUUAUAUUCUUAGACUAGGAUUUUAAGAUUUUUCAACUUUGUGCAUACACUUAUUCUCACUAAAAUUUAAUGGAUA